AUGGCGCCCUCAAUCGCAACUCUUGACCAUGGGUCUUCUGUUAUACCCAUCAGCACCUUGAAGCUACCUAAGAAAUCUCCUUCUCAGAUCCCACAAGAAUUCGUCGAUCUUCCACUCACUCUUAGCGAAUCCCAUAUCCUUGAGGCGGCAAACUCCCAAUACAUGGAGUACUUGGAUCCGGAAUUGGCUCAGGUUCUUGACAUAGAGUCGAUCCUCGUUGUCUGCUGGUUACUUGUGGUACAUGGUUUCUCUCCUGUGAGAACCAUGUACCUCGAGUUCCAUCCUGGGUCAAAUCUGUGCUAUAUAGAUGGCAAAUCUCAGGGCACGGAGUCGUACGCUCUUGAGUUUGCCUUGGAGCGUCCAUUGAAAGAUCUCGUUCGAGAUUUCUGUCUCAUCAAGGCGGGCAUCAAGUCGACUAACCCUGACGAAGGAUGGGCUUCCGAUGAGAGGAAUCACUUUCUCUCUUCCGCUGUCCGCUAUGCCGGUGACCGUCCAAAUUUGCAAAAGGCACCCUUAUCUGCCAAUUCAAAGAUCCCGAACCCAAAGCUGAUGCUCAAUGUCACCAACGACAAUGGCAAGCUGCACGCGAGCCUUGCUUUCUCAUCGCCUGACAUGUCCAAAGAAUUCGCAACAAGCCUUCUUCACUCCUUGAACAAGGUUGUCGCAUCUAUAUACCGUUCCCCCCAAACCUCUUUGGGCGACCUUGAUUUAUGCUCGGACCUUGACCUAAUCCUCUUGCAAAAGUUCACGAGGGAGGUUUCGGACUCUAACGAGGUCUUGCUACAUGACAUGGCAUUGGAGCAUGCGCGACUGACCCCGGACGCCCCUGCAAUCUGUUCGUGGGAUGGAAACUUCACUUAUAGAGAGUUGGAUGAUUUCACAUCUCGUCUUGCUCUUUACUUGACUGAUAUUGGCGUUGGUCCCGAAACCUUCGUGCUCAGUUGUUUCGAAAAGUCAUCUUUGGCGAUUAUUGCUCGUCUGGCUAUAUUGAAAGCCGGUGGGGCGUAUAUAUCCAUCGACGCGAGCGACCCUCCCAUCUUCCUCGACUCCGUUAUCAACCGCGUUAACGCUAAAGUCAUGCUCACAUCCCCGGAGUAUGCAGCCAAAUAUGCCUCACUUGUUUCGAAUGUCGUUUCGAUUACGGGGGAUAUGCUAAAGGAGCUUCCCACGGGGACAGUGUCCUCAAAAGUCCAACCACAAAACGCCUGUCUGAUUCUAUUUACCUCCGGGAGCACGGGCCAGCCCAAGGGUAUAAUCCAGGAACAUCGGUCUUACGCCACGGCAAUCCGCGAUUACAACAAGGUCCUUGGUCUGGGCCGACACAGCCGUGUAUUCCAGUUCGAUGACUAUGCAUUCGACAUCAGUAACAAUGAUUAUCUAACAGCUUUGGCAGCGGGUGGCUGUUGUUGUGUCCCCACGCCCGAAAAGACCAUAUCAGCUCUGAUUGAAAAUAUCAACCUCACAAAGGCCAAUAUGAGCUUCAUGACUCCAACAAUCGCCAUACAACUCAGCCACAAAGACGUCCCAUGUCUGGAGCUACUCUGUGUCGGCGGCGAACCCAUGUCAAACGAUCUCCUCAUGAAAUGGUCACCUCAUGUGAAGCUCGUAAAUCAAUACGGAAUGGGCGAGGCGGCCACAUUCUGCGCGUACAACGACAACCCCAAGCCAGGUCACAAUGCCGUGGUCGGCAAAUCCGGCAGCGGUGCCAUUUGGAUUGCAAAUCCUUCCUCGCCUGAGCGGCCCGUGCCCGUCGGCGCUGUUGGCGAGAUCUUGAUUGAGGGCCCCCACCUCUCCCGUGGGUAUUUGGAUGACCUCUGCCAGAAACCCGAUGUGGGAUUCCUUAACACAGUGCCUCGGUGGAUUGCGGAUCUCCACCCGUCGCGAGCACAAAGCUCUCGCAUCUAUCGGUCUGGUGAUCUCGGUCGAUAUCGCCACGAUGGUACGGUGGAGCACAUGGGCCGGAAGGAUACACUUCUUAAACUCAACGGUGGUCGUGUUGAGUCGACCGAAGUCGAGUACGUCCUUCGAAAGACUCUUUCACCGGGCGACUUUACCGUCGUCGAUAUGCUUGGCGAGAUUGAUGGUACCGAUGACCCUAUCCUAGUGGCCUUCGUUUACCUGGUGGAUAACCCGGCAAACCUUCUUCCUGGAAUUUCAGACCACGAAAUGUCGUUCCUUCCGAUAACGAAUCGUGUCCGAGUGAAUAGCCUGGUGGAGGCGAUGCAGAAUGAAGUCCAUACCACGUUGCCAAAACACAUGAUGCCUAGCUUGUUUAUACUUGUCGACCGAAUCCCCCGUACACGGUCUAACAAGCUUGAUCGCAGAAAGUUGCAUCAAAUCGCCCAAAAGUGGUAUAUGGGGAACCAAUGUUUGUAA